AUGACCACCCAAAGCGCGAUUAUCGUCCAAGAACCAGGCCGCGCCACGCUGGCAGAAAAUGUCCUUGUUCCUGAAUUGCCGGAUAAUUACAUUCUCGUGAAAACAAAAGCUGUCGCAUUGAAUCCAACGGACUGGCGUCAUAUUGAUUUUGUACCCUGCACCGGGGCCACCGUGGGCUGCGACUAUGCUGGAAUAGUAGAAGCCGUUGGUCCGAGCGUCACAAAGCCUUUCAAAAAAGGCGAUCGCGUUGCUGGGUUUGUACACGGUAGCAAUGCCGUCCGCCAGAACGGCGGCGCAUUUGCUGAGUAUGUGAUCGCAAAGGGCGACCUCCAAAUGUUGAUCCCGGAGUACAUGAGUUUUGAGGCGGCAGCUACUUUUGGUGUUGGUUUGACAACCGUUGGUCAAAAUCUUUACCAGACCAUGGAAUUGCCUUUCCCUGGCGACCAGACCGGCGAAUCAGACGACACAAAUAUCCUAAUCUACGGAGGCGCAACAGCUACCGGUACCCUUGCGAUUCAAUUGGCAAAAUUAUCAGGAUUGCGAGUCGUCACAACAUGCUCUGAAGCCAAUCGCGGCUUCAUGCUUGAGCUUGGGGCAGACGCGGUUUUCGAUUACCACGAUCCACUGGUGGGUGAGCAAAUCCGAGAGGAUACUGAUGAUGCCCUGGAAUUUGUUCUUGAUACAAUCUCCACGCCCCAAUCAGCUGCUAUCUGCAGUGCUGCCAUUUCCUCGGCGGGAGGUUCCUACAAUGCCUUGCUAGAUGUUUCAUGUCCGAGAGAUGACGUUGAUUCACAUGUCUCAAUGGCGUAUGAUGUUUUCGGAGAGCCUUACCGCAUGGGAGCAAAAGAGAUAUCUCCUGAUAGCACUAACUUGCAAUUUGGAAUCGAAUGGUGGGAAUUAGCGCAGCAGCUGCUUGAGGAGCGUCGCAUUCACCCUCAUCCAUAUCAGGUGAAGCCAGGCGGGUUGGCUGGAGCAUUGGCUGGUCUCCAGAUAUUGCGGGAAGGUAAAGUCCGAGCUUCCAAGCUAGUCUAUCGGGUCGAUGAAUCCUAG